CGGCCAAGUGAGGCGGUGAUGCGGGCGCUGGCGGCCCCGGCUGCGCGGAGAGCGGAGACACAGGCUCAAGAUGGCAGAUUCCGACUGAGGCUGGGGGGGCCGAGCUCGCGCGCCGCGUUCCCUUCUCCGUUGCCAUGAAUCGCGGACACCCCGGCCCCGAUGGCCCCCGUGUACGAAGGUAUGGCCUCACAUGUGCAAGUUUUCUCCCCUCACACCCUUCAAUCAAGUGCCUUCUGUAGCGUGAAGAAACUGAAAGUAGAGCCGAGUUCCAACUGGGACAUGACCGGGUACGGCUCCCACAGCAAAGUGUACGGCCAGAGCAAGAACGCGCCACCAUCCCAGCCAGCCGCCACGACCGUCAGCGCCUCCCUGCCCAUCCCAAACCCCAGCCUACCGUACGAGCAGACCAUCAUCUUCCCAGGAAGCACCGGGCACAUCGUCGUGACAUCAGCAAGUAGCACUUCCGUCACCGGGCCAGUCCUCGGCGGACCGCACAACCUCAUGCGUCGCAGCACUGUGAGCCUUCUUGAUACCUACCAAAAAUGCGGACUCAAGCGGAAGAGUGAGGAGAUCGAGAACACAAGCAGCGUGCAGAUCAUCGAAGAGCAUCCACCCAUGAUUCAGAAUAAUGCGAGUGGGGCCACUGUAGCCACUGCCACCACCUCGACUGCCACUUCCAAAAACAGUGGCUCCAACAGCGAGGGGGAUUAUCAGCUGGUCCAGCAUGAGGUGCUGUGCUCCAUGACCAACACUUACGAGGUCUUAGAGUUCUUGGGCCGAGGGACGUUUGGGCAAGUGGUCAAGUGCUGGAAGCGGGGCACCAAUGAGAUUGUGGCCAUCAAGAUCCUGAAGAACCACCCGUCAUACGCCCGCCAAGGUCAGAUCGAAGUGAGCAUCCUGGCCCGCCUGAGCACAGAGAGCGCCGACGACUACAACUUCGUCCGUGCCUACGAGUGCUUCCAGCACAAGAACCACACGUGCUUGGUCUUUGAGAUGCUGGAGCAGAACCUCUAUGACUUUCUGAAGCAGAACAAGUUCAGCCCCUUGCCCCUCAAAUACAUUCGCCCGGUCCUCCAGCAGGUUGCCACAGCCCUGAUGAAACUAAAAAGCCUAGGUCUUAUCCAUGCUGACCUCAAACCGGAAAACAUCAUGCUGGUGGAUCCAUCCAGACAACCGUACAGAGUCAAGGUCAUCGACUUUGGUUCAGCCAGUCACGUGUCCAAGGCUGUGUGCUCCACCUACUUGCAGUCCAGAUAUUACAGGGCCCCUGAGAUCAUCCUUGGUUUACCAUUUUGUGAGGCAAUUGAUAUGUGGUCCCUGGGCUGCGUCAUUGCAGAGCUGUUCCUGGGCUGGCCGCUGUAUCCAGGAGCUUCAGAGUACGAUCAGAUUCGGUAUAUUUCACAAACACAGGGUUUGCCAGCAGAAUAUUUAUUAAGCGCAGGGACAAAGACGACUAGGUUUUUCAACCGUGACACAGACUCGCCGUAUCCUCUGUGGAGGCUGAAGACACCAGAUGACCAUGAAGCAGAGACGGGGAUUAAGUCAAAAGAAGCAAGGAAGUACAUUUUCAACUGUUUAGAUGAUAUGGCCCAGGUGAACAUGAUGACAGAUUUGGAAGGGAGUGACAUGUUGGUGGAAAAGGCGGACCGGCGGGAGUUCAUCGACCUGUUGAAGAAGAUGCUGACCAUAGACGCUGAUAAGAGAAUCACUCCGAUCGAGACCCUGAACCACCCCUUUGUCACCAUGACACACUUACUCGAUUUUCCCCACAGCACACACGUCAAAUCAUGUUUCCAGAACAUGGAGAUUUGCAAGCGUCGAGUGAACAUGUAUGACACGGUCAACCAGAGCAAAACCCCUUUUAUCACACACGUGGCCCCCAGCACAUCCACCAACCUGACCAUGACCUUCAACAACCAGCUGAACACCGUCCACAACCAAGCUCCCACCUCCACCAGUGCCACUAUAUCCUUAGCCAAUCCUGAAGUCUCCAUACUAAACUACCAAUCUGCACUCUACCAGCCCUCAGCGGCAUCCAUGGCUGCGGUGGCCCAGCGGAGCAUGCCCCUCCAGACGGGAGCGGCCCAGAUCUGCGCCCGGCCCGACCCCUUCCAGCAAGCGCUCAUCGUGUGUCCACCCGGCUUCCAAGGAUUGCAGGCCUCUCCGUCUAAGCAUGCUGGCUACUCUGUGAGAAUGGAAAACGCAGUUCCCAUCGUCACUCAAGCCCCAGGAGCUCAGCCUCUUCAGAUCCAACCAGGUCUGCUUGCCCAGUUGAAAACCAGGAUCACAGAAGCUUUGGGAUGGAACCUUCCUUAUCUGUUCAUACAGCAGGCCUGGCCAAGUGGGACCCAGCAGAUCCUGCUUCCCCCGGCUUGGCAGCAGCUGACUGGGGUGGCCACGCACACGUCGGUGCAGCACGCGACUGUGAUUCCCGAGACCAUGGCCGGCACCCAGCAGUUGGCCGACUGGAGGAACACGCAUGCUCACGGCAGCCAUUACAAUCCCAUCAUGCAGCAGCCGGCGCUAUUGACUGGUCAUGUGACCCUUCCAGCAGCUCAACCCUUAAAUGUGGGCGUGGCCCACGUGAUGCGGCAGCAACCUACCAGCACCACCUCCUCCCGGAAGAGUAAGCAGCACCAAUCCUCUGCGAGAAACGUCUCCACCUGUGAGGUGUCCUCCUCUCAGGCCGUCAGCUCCCCGCAGCGGUCCAAGCGUGUCAAGGAGAACACGCCUCCGCGCUGUGCCCUGGUGCACAGCAGCCCGGCCUGCAGCUCCUCAGUCACGUGCGGCUGGGGUGACGGGGCCUCCAGCACCACCAGGGAGCGGCAGCGGCAGACGAUCGUCAUUCCUGACACCCCCAGCCCCACGGUCAGCGUCAUCACCAUCAGCAGCGACACGGAUGAGGAGGAGGAGCAGAAGCAUGCCCCCGCCAGCCCUGUGUCCAAGCAGAGAAAAAACGUCAUCAGCUGUGUCACGGUCCACGACUCUCCCUACUCCGACUCCUCCAGCAUCACCAGCCCCUACGCCGUGCAGCACCGCUCCGGGCACGGCGCCACCACCUUCGACACCAAGGGGAGCCUGGAGUCGCACUGCACCGGGAACCCCCGGACCAUCAUCGUGCCGCCCCUGAAAACCCAGGCCAGCGAGGCGCUGGUGGAGUGUGAUAGCCUGGGGCCAGUCACCACCAGUCACCACUCGUCCUCCUACAAGUCCAAGUCCUCCAGCAACGUGACCUCCACCAGCGGUCACUCUUCAGGGAGCUCAUCUGGAGCCACUGCCUACCGGCAGCAGCGGCCUCUCAAUCUCAGCCAGGCUCAGCAGCACAUGGCCGCAGAUCGCACCGGGAGCCACCGACGGCAGCAGGCCUACAUCACCCCCACGAUGGCCCAGGCGCCAUACUCCUUCCCACACAACAGCCCCAGCCACGGCACCGUGCACCCGCACCUGGCCGCCGCCGCUCACCUCCCCGCCCAGCCCCACCUCUACACCUACACGGCGCCCGCCGCCCUGGGCUCCACUGGCACCGUGGCCCACCUGGUGGCCUCCCAAGGCUCGGCGCGUCACACCGUGCAGCACACUGCCUACCCAGCCAGCAUCGUCCACCAGGUCCCCGUGAGCAUGGGCCCCCGGGUCCUGCCCUCGCCCACCAUCCACCCGAGUCAGUAUCCAGCCCAGUUCGCCCACCAGACCUACAUCAGCGCCUCUCCAGCCUCCACCGUCUACACUGGAUACCCACUGAGCCCCGCCAAGGUCAACCAGUACCCUUACAUAUAAACACUGGAAGGGGAGGG